UAAGCAAGCUAUAUUCUACUUUUUCUUCGUGUUCCUUUUCUUUUCUUUUCUUCCCUUCUUCUUUAGCACUGCUACGACGAUCCAAGGUGAUAGAUAUUUCUUGCCAUGGAAGGUGUAGCUGAAUCCCAGCGAACUCUGUACCCGUACGUGACUGGAUCCUCUGUAGUUGCUAUCAAAUACAAAGAUGGGAUUCUCAUGGCCGCUGAUAUGGGAGGUUCAUAUGGAUCUACCCUGCGGUACAAGAGUGUUGAGCGUAUCAAGCCUAUUGGAAAACAUUCUCUCCUUGGUGCUAGCGGGGAGAUAAGUGACUUUCAGGAGAUUCUGCGCUACCUUGAUGAGCUUAUCCUUUAUGACAACAUGUGGGAUGAUGGGAAUUCUCUAGGACCGAAGGAGGUGCACAAUUAUUUAACCCGUGUAAUGUACAAUCGGCGGAACAAGUUCAAUCCUUUGUGGAAUGCACUUGUGCUUGGUGGAGUUAAAAAUGGCCAGAAGUACCUUGGCAUGGUUAACAUGAUUGGGAUUAAUUUUGAGGAUAACCAUGUAGCAACUGGGCUUGGAAACCAUCUUGCUAGGCCAAUUCUUCGUGACGAGUGGCAUGAAAACUUGACUUUUGAAGAUGGUGUCAAAUUGCUAGAAAAGUGCAUGCGUGUGCUUUUAUACCGGGAUAGGUCUGCAGUCAACAAAAUUCAGAUAUCCAAAAUUACAGAUGAAGGUGCAACUGUUUACUCACCUUUCUCGUUGAAAACGUACUGGGAGUUCUCUGCCUUCAAGAAUCCAACAGUGGGCGCUGAAGGUUCGUGGUAGACCACUCAUUGUGAAAUGAAACAGAAUUUGAAAUUUCAAGGUGUUAAUGGGAUGUAAAAUGAAGUUAAAAUAACUGUUUUUUUUAUGUCUUUUUAGGUUUGAGCUGAUCUGUUUCAUUAGAAUCUAUAUUCCAAUUUCCUUU